UUUCAAACCAAUAGCUCUCGGCAAAAUAUGGCUAAAAGCUCAAACCUAUUGGUACUCGCUUCGCGAGUAGUUAAGUCUUGUUUAGCUGACUUGUUCGUAACACAAAGUGCUUGGCGCAAACUUCGUAUCCAAAACAUCAAUACUCCUUAUGAAAAACAUCACAUCGUAUUACAUCCAUCAUCACUUCUCUCGAAAAACACGAAUAUUACUC